ACACCGACGUCAGGCCGAGGCCGCCGCCGCGGGGCCUGGUUAUCGCCGGUUCAGCGCAGCCCGGAGUCGCCCAGGCCUGAACUCCUACCCAGGUUCCCGGCCCCGGCCCCGGGCCCGCGAGGACACCGGAGGCCGCCCCCAGGGGGUGGGGAGCGGAGCCGCGGGUCAGCUCUGCGAGCGCCCCGCGCUGGCCUGUCCGGCCCCGCCCCCGCCCCGGGCCAUGGCCCAGCCCUUGUCUCGGCCCCUCGUCCUAUCCCGAUCCCGGCCUUGGCCCCCGGCCCCGCCCUCGCCCCGCUCCCCCGAUCGGCCCCGGCCCAGGCCUGGGUCCCAAUCCAAGCUCCCCUUCCAGUUCCUGCCCCUGACCUGGCCCCCCUCCCCGACUCGGCCCCUGUUCCACUCCCUGUCACAAAUCCCAGCCCAGUCCCUGUCCCAAGCCGACUCCCAGUGUUUACUUAAGGCCCUGGCUCAACCCCGGCCCUUGCUCCAGUCCCCAUCACAGCCCCUGCUUCCAUCCCACCCCCUGCCCUUGUUCAAGCCCCCGUACCCAGCCCAGCCCAACCCAUUAUCGCAGCCUUUGCCCUCAUCUCUGUGUUUACCCAAGUCUCUCCCACUAGCACCCCCCGUCUCUCAUACUCUGCCCCUCUCCCAGCCUAGACUCAGGUCUGGGCUCCAGCUGCCGCCAGCCCUAUUGCUGCUGUUGCUGUUCUCUGUCCUUGGCCCAGGGGCUGGAGGCCUUUUCCUGACUGAUUACUCCACCUGCUCACCCCGCAAGCUGAGUCCUUUCCGCUCCUUUGCCAGCACCGAGCUCUUCCACUUCCAUGUUCCUGAAGACACGUUCCUGGCUGUUUGGAAUCUCAUCAUCUUCAAGGAGCAGGGGGGAACCUUUGGGGACCACUGCCCAGAUCAAAGUGUGACUGUGUAUUUCCGGUCCGGGGCACCCCCUGUCAUCAAUCCCCUGCACACACAUUUCCCAGGGGACACAGCUGUGCCUGGGGUUUUCUCACUGACUCUCAGCUGGACACUGCCCAACCGCACCUCAGGCAUCUUUAACGUCAGCAGCCCCUUACCUGGGGACUGGUUCUUGGCUGCCCACCUUCCCCAGGCCCACGGCCACAUCUCUGUCAAGGGUCUCCAGGAUGAGUGUCAGUACCUGCUUCAGCCUCAGCUGAUUGUCCGGCGCUUGCUGGACGUGGCUGUGCUGGUUCCUGGCCGUCCCUCAGAGCAAACCCUCUCCCCCCACAAUCGCUCAGCUCUGUACAAGGUCUUUGUGCCCAGCUUCACAUACAGGGUUUCGGCGCAGCUGGUGUGUGUGGGGGGCCAUGGGGUGUCUGCCUGUCCCCUGAUACUGCGCCUACGUCCCAAGGCCCCACCCCUGCACAACUCAAGCUCUGUGGCCUGUGGAAGUGCCUCGGUAUGCCAGCUGGAGCUGGCACUGCCCCCCUGGGGACACUGGGUCUACGUGCGUGUGGAAGCACCAUCCCGGGGCUCUGGCAGGACCAUCCGCUUCCAACUGUGUGUGCGGUUGCAAGAAUGCCCGCAGCCCAGCCUGUCCCGUGCCCUAGUCCCUGGAGCUGCCAUGAACAUGCCCCAGUCACUGGGCAACCAGCCACUGCCCCCAGAGCCGCCAUCCCUCGGAACUCCUGUGGAAGGGCCUGGGGCCACAUCCCCACCUGAGCACUGCUGGCCAGUGCGCCCGACUCUGCGCAACGAGCUGGACACCUUCUCCGUCCACUUCUACAUCUUCUUUGGCCCCAGCGUGGCCCUUCCCCCGGAGCGCCCGGCUGUGUUCGCCCUGAGGCUGUUGCCAGUGCUGGACAGCGGAGGCGUCCUCAGCCUGGAGCUCCAGCUCAACGCGAGCUCCGUGCACCAGGAAAAUGUGACAGUGUUCGGAUGCUUGACUCACGAGGUGCCCUUGAGCCUGGGGGAUGCAGCAGUGACCUGUUCCAAAGAGUCCCUAGCCGGCUUCCUCCUCUCCGUCAGUGCCACCUCCAGAGUGGCCAGGCUGCGAAUCCCGUUCCCACAAACGGGGACCUGGUUCCUAGCCCUCCGCUCCCUAUGCGGGACGGGGUCUCGGUUCGUGCGGUGCCGCAACGCUACAGCCGAGGUGCGGCUGCGCACCUUCCUCUCCCCGUGCGUGGACGACUGCGGGCCCUACGGCCAGUGCAAGCUGCUGCGCACGCACAACUACCUGUACGCGGCCUGCGAGUGCAAGGCUGGGUGGCGGGGCUGGGGCUGUACCGACAGUGCGGACGCGCUCUCCUAUGGAUUCCAGCUGCUGUCCACACUCCUGCUCUGCCUGAGCAACCUCAUGUUUUUGCCACCCGUGGUCCUGGCCAUUCGGAGCCGAUAUGUGCUCGAAGCUGCUGUCUACACCUUCACCAUGUUCUUCUCCACGUUCUAUCAUGCCUGUGACCAGCCAGGCAUUGUGGUUUUCUGCAUCAUGGACUACGAUGUGCUGCAGUUCUGUGAUUUCCUGGGCUCCUUAAUGUCCGUGUGGGUUACUGUCAUUGCCAUGGCUCGUUUACAGCCCGUGGUCAAGCAGGUGCUGUAUUUGCUGGGGGCUAUGCUGCUGUCCAUGGCGCUGCAGCUUGACCGGCAUGGACUCUGGAACCUGCUUGGACCCAGUCUCUUCGCCCUGGGGAUCUUGGCCACAGCCUGGUACGCAGCGUCCGCCGCCGGCACUGCUACCCACCCACGUGGCGCCGCUGGCUUUUCUACCUAUGCCCGGGCAGCCUUAUUGCAGGCAGUGCCGUCCUACUCUAUGCUUUUGUGGAGACCCAGGACAACUACUUCUACAUUCACAGCAUUUGGCAUAUGCUCAUCGCUGGCAGCGUGGGCUUCUUGCUGCCUCCUCGUGCCAAGACUGACCACCGGGUCCCAUCUGGAGCCCGGGCCCGGGGCUGUGGUUACCAGCUAUGCAUCAAUGAGCAGGAGGAGCUGGGCCUUGUGGGCCCAGGAGGGGCCACUGUCAGCAGCAUCUGUGCCAGCUGAGAGGAGCUUUGGGCCUGGCCCUGGGGGGAUAUGAACCCUUGCUAGGGUUCUUCCUGGGGACAUGGAGCCCUUCCAGGAACUGGAGACAAGCUGUAUUUCUUGAGGACAUGGAGUCUUUUUCAAGAACAUAGAACUCUUUCAGGGACCCGGAGCCCUUCCCAGUACAUGGAGAACUUCCUGAGGGCUUGGAUUCCUCCUGCAUCCAUAAAGUCCUUCCUAAGGACUGGAACCUAUGCAGGGCACAGAGCCCCCUCAGGACCAAGUUGUCCCUCCCAGGGAUAUGGAACGCUCCUAACGACGUGGAUUCCUUCUCAGGGAGACAAAGCCCCGUCAGGAACAUGGCAUCAUUCCAGAGGAAAUGGAGUCCAUCUUGGGGAAACUGAGUCUCCAGAUUUUCCCGGAGGCUCAGCCACUCUAGCCUCAGGUUUCCUUCCCAGGGGUGGCAUCUGGGCUGUGCUGUGCUGGAGAGGAGGGAUUGCAGGGAUGGAUGGGGUUGGGGCUGGCUGGGGUGGCUGGUGUCCUGAGUUGAUGCAGGUGGAGUCUGUGUGUCUCCAAUGAAGUAUGUGCUGGUUGUGUGCUGCCUUCUUUCCUGGGGUCAAAGGUGUGGGGAAGGGGCAGGGGAGAGGGAGUCUGAGGAAAUCAGCAGGGGUGAUGGGAGCCCAGCCAGAAUGAGCUGCUGGGAACUGCCCACCAUGUAUGCACUUGCCUCCCUCUCAUCUGGCACCUUUGUUAAUUUUCAAACACUUCCUAAUGGCUGUUCCUCAAUUCCUGUUGAUCUCAGUGUGCAAUAGCUGAGGUGUGUGCAUGUGUGUGCAUGUGCUGAAAUUGUUUACAUCAGUGAGACAAACCUCCCUUGUGAUGUCCACACCCAACACAGAAGGAAGCCGAGAUCCCAGGAAUUUGGAAUAGCAGGUACACAUCUCAGAUGUGCAAGAAAUAUCACAACAAUAUAACUUCUAUUUUGAGCCCCUAUUUUUCCUGAGUGCCAGAAAAGAUUAUUGGUCAAUUCAGGGUUUCUUCUCUUUCCACAAGGGUCAUAGCUGAGUUCUGAGGGUCUUACAUGAUGCCAGGAUGUUAAGGGAGUGUUCUCUAUGGUCACCAGUGUCCAUACUUCAUUUGUCCCCUGAGACUUCCAUCUUCCACCUGGUCCCCAGUCAGAGGUCCCAACAGCUCAUCUGGGGUACAGGGAGGUUUCUUGUUUCCAUCUGCACAAGCCUUUCAGUCCUGAGGUUCUCUCCGCAUCUGUCCACAUGCAAAGACCCAUGAGUUUGUCUGAGGCCUUGGCUACCCAGACACACCUUGAAGCCAUUUCUACUCUGGGGUUCUGUUCUGGGUUUUACUUGACAGACAAGGCAUGAGUUGCUCCAUCUGUUAAAUCCUGCAAAGCUAUCCAGGGCUCCUCCCUUUGGGUACCCUCUGUGCCAGUACUCUCACUACUUGCCUCCUCUCUCUUCCUCCCCCUUUUGUUAAUAUGAAUGUGAAAAAGCCUUACUUUCACUUGCCUUGUCUCCCAAAUCUUUUAUCUAUGCCUUAAGUCUUUUCUGUUCCCUUCAGGGCCUAGGCUUUUGAAGUGCAAAAGCCAGGAAAACAUCCUUUUGUUCUCUGUUUUCUGCAAUCACAUGUCUUCCUUGGGCCACUGGGCAGAGAAUGUUGUGGCCAACUGAAUGGUGAGAAGGAGUGAGGGGGUGUGGGCUGGGUGUCUGUUCCUAUCCCAGAAAUAUUAUUCCAUCACAUUAAGAUGUAUACAGCCAGGUCACUAGGAUGCUUGGACAUGAAUAGCUGGGAUUCAGGACAGGGUCAACAGAGCACAGAAGGCACUGAAGAGGGGAGACAGAGCUGGGACACACCCAGCGAGGAGGAGUCAGAAGGGGUUCCCUGGGGGGCGGUAUUUUAAUGAGGAUUAAAUAAGUUUCCAUAAUGCCAA